CUUGAGGUGGCAAACCGGGGGGCUUUACCAGCUGCCGAAGAUUGGCGGAAUUUGACUUAAAAACAGCAUCAUUUUGGAAGUGAUUUCCAGCCUGGGUGUGUUUCAGGAAAUGUGCAGUCCUCUUUCAUUUAACCAUGGAUAUUAGUUGGAAUUUGUCAGGUUUCGUGAACAGCCAGGAGAAAUUAGAAGUUUCCUCCUGCUCCAUGAACAACCUUCCGCCAGAGGCUGCAGAAGGCAACAUUGAGUACAAGUUGAAGCUGGUGAAUCCAUCCAGUAGUCGCUUUGAGCACCUAGUGAGCCAGAUGAAAUGGAGGCUGAGGGAGGGGCAAGGAGAGGCUAUCUAUGAGAUUGGUGUUGAAGACAAUGGGAUGCUAGCUGGUCUCUCCCAAGAAGAGCUGGAGGCAUCACUGAAUACUCUCAACAGAAUGGCAGCCAGACUUGGAGCUACAACGACAAUCCUGAGAGAGCGAUGUGUAGAUUGUGAAGGAGAAAACACUGGGAAGAAAGCCUGUGAAGUACUUGUGAGGAGAGUACCUGAUGACCAACAGUUCAUAGAUCUUAGGAUAGCAGUACUAGGAAAUGUGGAAGCAGGGAAAAGCACUCUUCUUGGGGUUUUGACUCAGGGUGAGCUGGACAAUGGCAGGGGAAGGGCACGACUGAAUCUCUUCCGCCAUCUACAUGAAAUCCAGUCGGGAAGGACAUCAAGUAUUAGCCAUGAGAUACUAGGAUUCAAUAGCAGAGGAAAGGUUAUCAACUAUUGCGAUUCUCAGCAAGGUUGCUUAACAGCAGAGGAAAUCUGUGAGAAUGCCUCUAAGCUGAUCACCCUGCUAGACCUUGCUGGACAUCAGAAGUACAUCAAGACGACCAUCUUUGGUCUCAUGGGAUAUUCCCCUGACUUUGCCAUGCUUGUCAUCAGUGCAAGUACAGGAAUCGCUGGUACAACCAGGGAACAUAUAGGACUUGCCAUGGCCCUCCAGGUCCCCAUCUUCAUCGUGGUCAGCAAGAUGGACAUCUGUUGUCCAUCGGUCAGGCAGCGGACGAUCUCUCAGCUGACCAGGCUAUUGACUGGUCCUGGCUGCAAGAAGGUCCCUUACCAAGUCAACAAUGAAGAUGAUGCUGUCACGGCGGCAAUCAACUUCAACAACUCCAACAUAUGCCCUAUCUUCUGUGUGUCCAGUGUCACAGGAGCCAACAUGGAGAUGCUGAAGAAAUUCCUCUAUGUUUUAUCUCCUGCCAACACCUCCAUGGAACAGGAAAAACUAACACAGGAACUCACAGAAUACCAGGUUGAUGAGGUGUACAGUGUACCUAAUGUUGGGAGAGUUGUAGGAGGUACAUUAUACAGGGGUGUCAUCAAGGAAGAUGAUGCACUCUUACUAGGACCAAGUGAGGAAGGAACAUUCAGCAAAGUGACCAUUCAGAGUAUACACAGGAACCGGUCAGCAAGCAGGGUGGUCAGGGCUGGUCAAGCGGCCACUCUGGCUCUUGGAGAGAUGGAAAUGCCAGUUAGAAAGGGGAUGGUCCUAGUGAGUGAGAAGCUAAAGCCAACACCUUGCUAUGAGUUUGAAGCUGAUAUAUGCAUCUUAUACCACACUACCUCUGUCAGCCGGGGAUACCAAGCUACUGUUCAUAUAGGAAACGUCUGCCAGAAUGCUAUUAUAUGUGACAUGGACAAGGAGUGUGUAAAAAUCAACGAGCAGGCACUGGUUAAGUUCCGUUUCGUCCGGCAGCCUGAGUACAUCCGAGAGGGUGCCAGAAUUCUCUUCAGGGAAGGAACUGCCAAAGGUCUUGGACAAGUCACUAAAGUCUUUUCUCUAUCAGCUGUAGAAAGAUAAAGAGUUUUUUUCCUCAAUGCAAUCCAUAGCUGUGAAGAUUAGAAAUGAUCAUGAGCAUAAAGCAUAAUAUGCCAUUGAUCAAGAAUAAUCAGUUACAAUGUCUUGCAGCUUAUCUGAGUACAUGAAAAGAAAUGGUGUUUCAUUCAGAGCAAGAUGGACUUAAAUUCACACAGCAAUUCCUAGUUAGAUGCCGUUUAUAACCUAUCUUUGUUUGGUCAGAAUACACUCUGAGAAUGUGUUAUUGGGUAGUUUAUUAAAGGUAUAACUUAUCUUUCACUGGGUAAGUCAUAAAACACUUAAUACUUAGAUCUCUCUUUAAAAAUCAAUUAUCAAGAGAUGAGUAUCAUUGAUUGUAUGAAAGAAUAUUGCACCCCUCAUCGCUGAUAUUAUUUUUCUAUGGUGUAUUUUCAAACUUGGAUUUUUAGCAAUUCCCAAUGUGCACUCCAAGGUUUAAGGAGAUUCCGAAUGUCCCAAAAUGUCAUAUUUUUCACUUCAUUCCUAGUAGCAGAGUGAUAAGGAAUGCAAAGUACAACUUUGUGGAACCAAGUCAAAGAUUCUUCUAGUCAAAGAAAAAAUCCCAGUACUCCUUAUCCAUGGGGCAUAUCUAUUAAAAAAAAAAGCCUGAAAUGAGUUUGAAGAACUGAUGUUUCUUCAGUCUUUUCAUAGUGUAGUAGGUUUCAUGGUACACCAUGUAUCUUUCUUGGGCAAUUGUUGGUCCUUUUCAGGACCAACACUUGCCCAAGAAAGAUACAUAGUGUACCGUGAAACCUACUACACUAUUCUUCAUCGCUAUGGAAACCUCCAGAAGUUACUUCUUUUUCAUACUUUUGCAGACGUGUUUGCUUCAAUGCGAAUGGUUCAUUGUCAGCCAAUUGGCAGUAACAACAGACAUGUAUUUCUUUGGGGAUUUUUGCAAAUUCAGAUUGAAAAUGAUUUUGUGACGCCUAUCCCAAGUAUUUUACUGAUGACAUUCAUCUUCUUCCAAAGAAAUGUUAUCUUGCCUGUUGCAAAUAUUUUUUUAAGCUGUAGUCUUGUUGACGUAUCAUCCUUGUAGUUUUAGCAUUGUAUAUAGUUUUAUGCAUCUAUUAUAUAUUUUUACGGUACUGAAUUUUAAUGUUUGUAAAGCAUCUUUGUGGGUGACGAUUACUUCAGCAACAAUUGUUCCUCAAUG